ACCACCACCUCGCCGGCGCAGCCGCCCCAUCCGUCCGUCGUCCACCCGCCAUCGCCGCCCUUGUCACGUGCAGCGCGGAUGCGCUGGUAGAUGAAUGAGGAGUGGCAUCACGCUGCGCACGCGCCAUCAUCAUAAUGGCGGACCACCAGCAGCUGCUCCCGUCGUUGACGUGCAGGUCCAGCAACUGCGCCACCGAGCGCGCCGUCGUCUUCUGCUUGGCCGACGGCGCCAGGCUCUGCCUCGAGUGCGACGGCGCUGUGCACGGCGCCAGCGACCUCGCGGGCCUCCACUCGCGCGCCCCGCUCUGCGACGCCUGCUGCGCCGCGCCCGCCGCGCUCCGCUGCCAAACCGGCGCCCACCGUGCCACGCUCUGCGCCGGCUGCGCCGACGGCCGCGGCGGCGCCUCCCUCGUGGAGGUUUACACCGGCUGCCCCGCGCCCGCCGAGGUCCUCCGCACCCUCUCCGUCGACGCGCCGUCAUCGUCGCAGGAGGACUUCGACGCCUGGCUCGCCCACAACCUCCCCCAAAUCCUACAGGAUGUUCAGGAUGUUCAGUUUGAUUGUGUGAUACAUUGUGUGUGAUUCAGUGACUAAAUUCAGUGGGUAGUGCUGCUAUGUAUCGAUCAAGCGAAUGAUAUAGAGAGGAGAGAAUGAUGACAAUAUAAAGUGAGUGAGAGAGUGUGAGUGAUUAAUGAUCAAGGGAAUGAUAUAGGUUUGGCACUACUACCUACAUUGUAUUGUAACAAAAGAAAGUGGGGACUGUGCUAUGUGUGAUGUAAAAAAGGAAGAUUUCUUUCCUGAUACAUGUAAUGGUGGAUCGAUGAUCUAAGGAUCAUAUGAAUGAUUAAUGAAGGAACAUGUAAUGGUGGGAUCAUAUGAAAUGAUUAAUGGAGGUUACCAUGCA